GUGAUGGAGUCUAAACAAAUCUAAACUUUCAGCGACUGAGUUGAAACAAUCUUUCAGUGUUAUUAACUCGUCUCGAGAUAGACUCCCGGGAGAAUGCACAACUUGAAGAAGAGACGGCGAAGCGAUAGAGAGAUGGAGACACAAGUGAGAGAAUGCAUAAAAGAGUUGGUGAAAUUCACGCUCGAUUCUUACGUAAACGGAAACCUAGGGUUCGAUCUUGGCCUCUCAAAGGAGUUCUGCGUCAAUCUCCUCAUGGACGAUCCGGUCGAUCCUUCUCCUCAAUAUUCCUCCAACACCGAUUCUGCAGAUUCUCUGAAAGGAGUUCCCUGUUAUCCUUUACACAGGCAUCUUACAUCAGCUUUGUACCACUACAUAGUUUUAGGGGAGAUCUGUUCGACCCAUAAAUGUACGAUGUUAAUGAAUGAAGAUGUUCAUCUAAAGCAGAAAAAGAAUGGUUGGAACAAAUUGAUUGUGGUCGGUGGAUCUGAACUAGUAAAUGUUUUGAAAGCCAUAUCAUGCGAAUUCGAUGUUGAGGAGCCCUUUUUCUCUUUGUUUAAAGAUGGCCAGAAAACAGUUGAAGGAAGGUGCGCUAUUGGUGAUCAUGACAGAAUUAAACCCGGAGCUUUGAUUCUUCUGAACAAAAUUUUGGUGCUCGAAGUUCAGAAUGUAUACCGGUAUGCUUCUUUUUCUGAGAUGUUGGAAGCAGAGACUCUUGCAAAAGUCCUUCCUGGAGUGAAUACGGUUGAAGAGGGUGUCAAAGUUUAUAGGAAGUUUUGUCCAGAAGAGAAGGAGAGCCUCAAUGGUGUUAUUGCAAUUCAUGUUUCAAAAGUUGCUAGUCAGCCCUACCUUUCUUUGGCUACCAUGUUUUUGGGUUUAAGUUAUGGUGGUGUUCGAAACCUACUGGGUCUUGUGCAGACUGCUGGAACAAUUUCCGAUGGCCUCCCUCCACCAAGAUCAUCUCUACUUUCAUCUUUCAUGUUGCCGUUUAAUCCAAAAGUCAAAGGUAGUGUCUUAACUACUGGAGCUCGAGCCUUAAUGAAGCAUGCAGAACGAAGUAGCGACAGAUAUUGGGGUGGCAUCCUUGGAAAUGAUUAUGAUAAAAAUAGGCAUGCAAUGGAGGUCAUCAGUCGCCUAAUGUCCAAUUGUUGCUGGAUAAAUGUGCAUAUUGUUCCACCACACGGGGUUGUCUUUGAGAUCAGAGUAGCCAGUGGUUAUGGUGCGCGAUGGUCAAAGGAUGGAAACAAGGUUGAAAUUAUAUUCUUAAUGUGUCAUUUCAGUUCAUUGGAUUUCUUGAGCCUUACAUGGAUGACGGUCACUCAAAGGGAUGGAAGCAUUGAAGUUAGACGCGAUUUUGCUGUCGGUUUCCUUGAGCUACAUUGGAGUGUGCUUUUUUAAGCUUGAAUGAACUGUGCCUGUGCAAGCAGCCAGUCCCAAGCCUGGGAUAAGGCUUGAAUGAUGCUGAUGCUGAUGAUUUGUUUGCUUGAAUGGAUUCUUCAUUCAACUGUAUGCCUUAAUUGUAGUGCUAUAAAUUUGGUCAAUGCGACCUUUGUCUUCUAAAUGCUAGUUAUGCUUGUGUUUCUGAUUCCUUAUUAAUUUAUUCAUUUUUUUUAUAAAAAUUUGUGGGGUAAUUAUUGUGCCACAUUAUAGAAUUACUGUGUAAUGGUUUUAGUAAGUUCUUAUUUAGGAGAAAAUUCUCAACCAAAAUGUUGGACAGAAUCUUCACACAUGAACCAAAGAGAAAAACUAGGGACUUCAUGGUCUAGGUUUUGUACAAGAUUGAUGAGUUAGUGGAACCAUGUAACAUCAAUCUCAAAACUUUCACUGUUCCCUCUUUAGCCAGUGAACAGUGAAAGUUUUGAGAGUGAACCAAAGGAGAAAAACUAGGAACUUUAUGGUCUAGGCUUUGUACAAGAUUGAUGAGCUAGCGGAACCAUGUAACAUCACUCUCAAAAUUUUCACUGUUCCCUCUUUGGCCAGUGAGCACAUCAUGUGCCUCUUCUAAUUUUUUCUCAUGUCGCAAUCAUAAUUAUUAGAAUCCUCAUUUUUGAACUGUUCACUUUGCCUAAAAAGUGUUGGAUGCUGAAGGUACUCUGUGAUGGGCUUGUGCAUUGGAACAUCUCCAUGCACCAUUAGUUAGAAUUCUACUUAUGAUGAAUCCCAAGUAGAUGUCUGUCUUUACCUAAAGGACAAUUGAUGCGUAUGUUUUUUGUGGUUCUUGUGGGCUUAUGAAAUUAACUUGCUAACGAUGUUUUUGCUUCCUUAAUGAUUCCACCGGUGUCAUUGUUACCUGAAAGUUGAAACCCCUUUGGGCUUGGACAUGAUGCUUUCCGUGCCCCCUGGAUACGGUUAUUCAUUCAUGAUUUAUCUUUUAAACAGCCUUUGUGUUGGUCAUAUGAUAGAAAAGUUGAGGUUUAUUUUCCCUUUGCUUUUUAUUGGUACAUUUGUGAUUGCUGCUUAGUUGAUAUGCUGUUUAUUUAGUAAUGUGUGAGAUAAAUUGACUAGGUUAGUUUUGGUAUGCGGGAUUAAACUGGGAUUGGAUUGAACCAUACUAGACAAGUCUAGUCUUAGAUUGGAUUGGACUAAUAUUAAUGUUAUCCUGUAUUUGGUGAACAAUGAGGUGAAAGUCUUUAGACAAGUUUUUUUGCAUGGAUGCUAAUGAGGUAACCAUUUUUUUGUUUUAUGAUAAUAAAUAAACAAGUGCAUGAUAUGUGUGUAUGUAGGAUAUAUUUGUAUGAAUAUGUAAAUGUUAAUGUAUAUACAUUGGACCUACGUACUAGCCUACAAACUACGCAUGUCAGGCAAGUCUAUGAAAAAUCCAUGUGUGAACUCAUGCCUCCGGAGAUAAUUGAACCUUGGUGAGAGAGCGUGACUAGAAUGCACCUUACCACCAGGCCAACACUAUCAUUGGCCUUUGUUGUUCCCCUUUGAGUAUGAUAUAUACUUGGUAACUUGGCAUACACUUUGACUCAGGACAUUGAGGGAUUUUGUGCUGGGAAGCUGCCAAUGGAAGGACCACUUAAAUGUGGUAUUUGGUUAGAUGCGACAAAGCAUUUUUCUUAUCUUUUCUAAUCCUUUCUUUUUUAAUUUUAAGGUUCACUAGUUUGUUCAUAUGGUUUGUUGUUGACCUGCUUUUUCAAAGGCGUUGUUUUCAUGUGUUAUGUUUAUGUGUAAAAAGGCUGAUGGAGUUGUACUCAAAAGAACACCUUUUGACUUAAUUGUAUUUGUACCAACACCAGUACUGAAAUUUACAUGGUAGCAAGAGAGGUGAUUGAGUUAUUAUUGCUUAUGAAUUACUGAUAAA